CAUAUAACUCCCACCCCCUCUGCCUUAGGGUUCUCUCAUCCACCCCACCCCCCCUUUCUUUCUCUCUCCUAAAUUCUCUUUGAUCUUUACAUCUUUUCCCACUUCCCCUUCAUUUUUCUUGUGAUUUUGAUGUUUUUUGUGCUUUCUGGGUAUAUAUCAAUCUCUCAAAAAAAAAACCCUAGAUUUCAUAAUUUUUAAAAUUUGACCUUUUCUUAUGCAAUAUUGUUAAUACCCAAAUCAAAAAUUUGUGGAAAUGCUGGUGAUAGAUUAGAUUUUGAUGAAGUUUUAGCAUCUGGGUACUUCAUAAAUUCUCCAGAAAUCUGAAAUUUGCGUGAUUUUGAAUUUUGAUACCCAAAUCAAAAAAAAUCGAGGGGUAUUUUUGUGAGAAAUGCCCGCAACAGAUUACCAAGGUUCAGGAAGUCCGUUGACGAAUUUCGGCCGUUCGAUUCUUAGCAUAAGGCGUGAUCAAAGUCAAUCUCAUACAACAACAAUGGAGGGUACACAUGACGCGACAAAUCAAGAAUACGAGCUGGAAACGUUUCAAAAACAGGUAGCUGAGCAGUUCAAUGAGCUAUCAUCAGCAGGUCCAGAUGAGCUACUUUCUCUCUCAUGGGUGCGUAAUUUGUUGGAUGUUUUCAUUUGUUGUCAAGAAGAAUUUCGUAUUGUGUUAUUUAAUAACAAGGGUUAUUUAAAUAGGCCACCUAUGGACCGUUUAAUUGGUGAAUUUUAUGAAAGGAGUGUGAAAGCUCUUGAUGUUUGUAAUGCGAUUAGGGAUGGGAUUGAACAGGUUAGACAAUGGGAAAAAUUAUUGGAAAUUGUUAUUUGUGCUCUUGAUAAUCAAAAGAGUUUAGGGGAGGGGCAAAUUCGCAGGGCGAAAAAGGCAUUGAUUGAUUUGUUGAUUGGGAUGUUGGAUGAGAAAGAAUCAAAUGCUGCUCUUGCUCAUAGGAAUAGGUCGUUUGGGAGGAAUAAUGGGAGUGGUAAGGGUGAUCAGCAGAAGAAUAUGGGUCAUUUUCGAUCAUUAUCGUGGAGUGUUUCAAGGUCUUGGUCUGCAUCAAGACAACUCCAAGCGAUGGGGAAUAACUUGAGUGCACCUAGAGCUAAUGAUGUUAUGGCUACUAAUGGACUUGCUGUUGCUGUUUACACUAUGAGUUGUGUAUUGUUGCUUGUAAUGUGGGCUUUGGUGGCAGCGAUUCCUUGCCAAGACCGCGGUUUGCAAACACAUUUUUCGAUCCCUAGACAGUUCGUUUGGGGACCUGCAGUUUCAUCAAUCCAUGAGAGGAUCUUUGAAGAGAGUAAGAAGAAGGAUAGAAAGAAUGCUUGUGGGUUGUUAAGAGAGAUUUAUCAAACCGAGAAAUGGACUCGUCAAAUGAAUGAAAUACUUGAUUCAUUGCAAUUUCCAUUAUCAGAGGAGAAGGAAGCUGAGGUUAGGCAACGAGUUGAGGAACUUAAAGAGGUAUUCUCUACUCUGAAAGAUGGGUUAUACCCCUUAGAGAGGCAAGUCAGGGAGGUGUUUCAUCGGAUUGUUAGGAGCCGCACUGAAGGUCUUGAUUCGUUGGGUCGUGGAGGCACUUCUGAAUGAUGUUCGAUAGUUGGAAUUACAUUGUCAGUUUUUGGUUUCUGAUUUCGGUUUAUGGUUAUGCAAAAAUCGAUAUCUGAUGCUGGUUUCGCUAAGAAAUAUUAUAUGGGAUUAGAAAAUGAAUUGUGCUUUUGUAUUUAUGAUUGUGAUCAGCAUCAAAUACAUUUGUGUAAAGAUAAGAUAAAAUUAUGGUGUUAAUGUUUGGAUCUUUCUUGGUCCAAUUCCAUUCCAUUCAGCUGUUGUUGCUGGUUUUCUGUAGUCUGUCAGGAAUCCAGAGUUUCAGACAGGGUUUUUGCUUCUGGGUUGUAGCUCAACAUUAUUCUUGACUAUUUUCUCCUUUUUAUUUAUUUAAAUACUGAGUAGUCUAUUUAGGAUUUCA